CGGCUUUUUCGGGAAAAUCCCCUCGCCUCCCGGCGGUGCUUUACGGUUCCGCUGGUGUUUUACAACAGCCGCCGGUGGCGUUGUCAAAGGGCCAUGGCCGGGGCCGAGCGGGACCCGCACAGGAAGGGCAAGGAGGAGGAGGAGGAGGAGGAAGAACAGGAGGGGGAUGAAGAAGAGGAAGAAGAAGAAGAAGAGGAGGAGGAGGCAGAGGAGGAAGAGGAGGAAGAAGAGGAGAAGGAAGAGGAGGAGGGUCCCGAGGGCUGCGCUCCCGCCUCCCCCGCAGCCGAGACCCCCUCCGACCCCCCCCCAAAGCCUGUGGUACCGGGGGUCCUGUAUUUGUCCUUCCUCCCCCCGGGCUUCGGCCCCCGCCAGGCCCGGGCGCUGCUGCGGCCGCACGGGGAGCUGGGGAGGGUCUUCUUUCAGCCCCGCGGAGGGUCCGUGCGGCGGCGGCGGCAGCGCCCGGGAGGGCCCCCGGCCGUGGCCUUCGCCGAGGGCUGGGUGGAAUUCCGGGACAAGCGGGCGGCCAAACGCGCGGCCAAAAUCCUGCACGGGGCCCCCAUGGCCCCCCGGCCGCGCAGCCCCUUCCGCCAUCACUGCUGGAGCAUCAAAUACCUGCCCGGGUUCCGGUGGCCCCACCUGAGCGAGCGGCUCAGCUACGAGCGGCAGGUCCGGGCCCAGCGCCUGCGGGCCGAGGUGGCCCAGGCCAAGCGCGAGGGGGGGUUCUACGCCCGCCGCGUCUCCAAAGCCGACAAAGACCCCCCCAAAACCUCCAGAGACCCCGACGCCCCUCUCCCGACCUGGGGCUUCACCCAAAGACCGACGGAGGAGGAGAUUUGGAAGCGCAAAGCUCAGCCCCCCCCGGCCGCGCCCCCUCGGCGGCUGCUGGAGAAGGUGUUUGGGGGGGGGAGGUGAGGGUGRGACCCUCCCUCAAAUUUGGGGGGGRUUCAGGMGUCUGGGAAGGUCCCUUCGGAUGCCUGGGUUCCCCCCCAAUCCCUUUCUCAAGGACCACAAAAYGUUUUAUUUUUCUCCUUAAAACUUUUAUUACUUUAACAAAAAUAAUUCCUCGCGGUCUCUUUAAUUCUGCCGAGGGGGGCGGGGCCAAGGGGAGGGGCGGGGCUAUGGCUUCAGCGCGAAUUUCCCUGAAGGCAGCGCAGGGGUGGGCGUGGCAUAAGCGGCU